AUGAACCGCUUCGCCGCUGCGAUUCUUCUGGUUUCUUUCGCUUACGUUAGCGCCAACGGUAAGAUUUGAGAAUAGGACUUGUCAGACAGACUUUUUCAGUCUGUGACGAUGGAACCGGCCAUUGGUUCGUGGCCAUUGCCGAGGGUGUCACUGACUACGCUUACGGAGGAGCCAGGCUCAACAACCAGUACUACUGCUUCGAGGCAUGCCUGAACACUCAGACCGCCCUUCAGAACUAUAAGGUCGAUCUGGCGGGAACGAAUGCGACCAUGGUGGAGAGAUCCAUCUCAGCAAAAGCAAUCCGCACUCAGCACAAUCAAGUCAGAGGUUGUUCUAACACUCGCGCUAUUUCAAACAAUGGCUCUCGUUUAGAUGACGACCCGAAUGCUGAAUUCUGUGUUGAUCCAGUUCUGAGACAGGACGUCGCCGACGCCAUCAGCAAGGCUACUCAGAACAGCUGCAAGGUCAGCUGAGAGCGACUGAGGAGAGAGACUCUAUUCAAAAACUUCAGAACAUCGUCAACACCCUGGUUCUGAAUCUGAACCGUCCUGGAUGGGCAAUCACUUGCAUUCAAUUCGACGAGUUCGGACUUGACACCGCCACUUCCGUAUGAUAUUGGCAACAGAAAUAGAGAAACGGAGUAACAUUUUCAGGACAAGAACUUCUGCAGCUACGACGCCGUCGUCAACAACGAAAUCUACACUGUCCGUCUCGCUAAGCUGGACAUGAACUAA